AUGCUCUCGUUCAAGCAUCACGCCCUCUACUGGGUCUUUUCACUCUUGACAAUUCCUCUUACCAGCAUCCGGAAGCUUCUCUCCAGCCAUGGAAUUUCUACGAGCUAUAUUAACGAGGUCGAAUUUGCGACUAUUUGCCUCUCAAUGUAUUUUGUUGCACGCCCCUAUUCAAACGGACUUCAAGACUAUUGUCGAGGAGUAGAAGAAGGCGUGGCCAAGUUCAGUGGGAACAUCGAGGCGGCCGAUCUCGAAAAGCCCGUAGAGGAGAACGGCAUCACGAAGGAAGUUGAAUCCAGAAACGGCAAUGCGAAAGGGAAAAAAACCAACAAGGGCCGGAAGAAGCCCGCCCAAGGUGCCAAUGGCAAGCCUCGAGCAGUUCAUUUUGAAAAGGAGUCGACCCAAAAUGGGAAUGCGAAACUGUCCAACGGGAAUAGAACUCUUCAGAACAUAGCGGUGGCACAACGACUCCGGAAGAAAUCGACUGGUCGAUACACUACCACCCAGCAGUCCUUCUUCAACUUUGCCUGGAAGUACCUUGAUGCUCUGUACUAUAUGUCUCUGGGGAUUCUGUUCACUCGUACAGAGCCUCUACCUGGAUUUGUCAUAGGCACUCUGGAACCAAUCAGACAUAAUUAUUGGCCUUGGUGGCCUGGUGUCUGGUUCGCCGAUAGCCUCAGUGGCCCCGAUAUUCUCAUUCGUGUUUGGUUACUGGUGCCACUCAUUGAUAUUGCUGAGACUGUCCUGUACGCCAUUUCUUCCAAAAUCUGCGCAGAAUGGUAUAAGAAGAGACUUGAGCUUAUGCAGAAACCCCUUUAG